AUGACGACCUCAAGCUCUGUUCCCUCCGGGGAUCUCACCUCUCAGAUUCUCCAGGCCCUAUCGGAAAAGAGUCCCCUCCUCUCAUCAGAGGCCUUUCCUACAAUUGCCUUCCAAGACAUCAAGGCUUCUCUCGACCGUCUGGCCUCCCGAUCUAUGAUCACAUAUGAGACAAUUGACCGAGAGGAGGCUAUUCUCGAACCCGAAGCGGAGCAGAUUGCUGAGCACGGCAGUCACGAGGCGCGUGUUUUCGAAGCGCUGCGAAAUGCUGUGGAGGGGUUGUCGAUCCAGGAUUUGGAGAAGGCCAUUGGUGACAAGACUGUGACCAAGGUUGGACAGGGAAAGGCAUUCAAGGAGAAGUGGAUUAAGAAGAGCAGUGAUGGCAAGCUCGUCGCUACUGCCGAGUCGAUCGAAGAUGUCACCCGAGCCCAACUCCAAAAGAUCAAGGAGACCCGAACCCACGAGCCCAAGAUCCUGACCGACCUGCGAAAGCGAAAGUUGAUCAAGAUGCAAAAGGUCAUCAGUUUCAAGAUGGAAAAGGGACCCAAGUUUGCGCUGGAGAUGACUAAGGAGGAAACCGACCUGACAGCCGACAUGAUUGCGUCUGGAUCGUGGAAGACGGCCAACUUCAAGCCCUACAACUUCAAGGCCCUCGGUGCCGACCAAAACGCUGGUGCUCUACACCCUCUCAACAAGGUGCGACAUGAGUUCCGAUCCAUUUUCUUCGAGAUGGGUUUCGAGGAGAUGCCUACCAACAAGUUCGUCGAGACUGGGUUCUGGAACUUCGAUGCUCUGUUCGUGCCUCAACAGCACCCUGCCCGUGAUCUCCAGGACACUUUCUACAUCUCUGAUCCUGCUGUCGGUGAUGCGCCGCGGUCCGAGGAGGGACAGAACACAGAGGAGUACUGGGAGAACAUCAAGCAGGUCCACCAAGACGGCAAGUUUGGAUCAAUUGGUUACAGGUACCCCUGGUCAGCGGAGGAGACCAAAAGACUGGUGCUCCGAACCCACACUACUGCGAUUUCAACAGCCAUGCUUUACAAGCUAGCGGCGCAAAAGGGACCUGACGGCCGCCCACCCCCUGCCCGAUACUUCUCUAUUGAUCGGGUUUUCCGUAACGAGACAGUGGACGCUACCCAUUUGGCUGAGUUCCACCAGGUCGAGGGUGUUAUCGCUGACUACGACCUUACGCUGGGUGGACUGAUGGAGUUCAUGGAGGCCUUCUUCGCCAAGAUGGGUAUCACCAAUCUCAAGUUCAAGCCCGCCUACAACCCUUACACCGAGCCCAGUAUGGAAAUCUUCAGCUACCACGAGGGCCUGGGCAAACUGGUUGAGAUUGGAAACAGUGGCAUGUUCCGACCUGAGAUGUUGGAGCCCAUGGGUCUACCCAAGGAUAUGCGAGUAUUUGGUUGGGGUCUUUCACUGGAACGACCAACCAUGAUCAAGUACAAGAUUUCCAACAUCCGAGAGUUGUUGGGCCACAAGGUCGAUCUCAACUUCAUCGAGAGAAACCCUGCGGUGAGAUUAGAGAAGGAGUAA